AUGGAUUUGAAAGUCGAUUUUGAAUACCGUGAAAUGGCAUUCAAUAAGAGAAUGCUAACAUUCGCCAUAGUGAAUCGCGAUCAUAUAGAUAUUAAGGAAUUUCUAUUCGAUGCAUUCAACUACUACGAAAAUGAAAUUAAAGACAUUUUUCGAGAUCAUGCAAUGGUUAAAGUGAAUACAUGUUUCAGUGCAACGUUUGAAAAAAAUGUCGUACAAAAUGGGGUCAGGGAGGAGGAUAGAAUGGAUACGGAUUUGAAUGUUGACCUCAUGGAUGUGGAUGGAGAUAACGCUACCGGUCAAGUGGAGAAGAAAGAAAAACAGUUGCUGUAUCUGCAUACGAAAUCUGUAGUUAUCGACCAUCUAACGGACUUAUACGAAAUCUAUGAAAAAACCGUCAUCGAUGUCAUAUUAAACAAAAUUGAUGAUGCAAUUAUGCAAGGAUCGGGAUUCACAUUGUCAUCGAUCAAUGAGCUCCUUGUGCAAGUUAACAGAUAUGACCCGAUAAAAGGAUCGUCGCACAUAAAGACCCCGAAGUUUUUGGCUGACAGAAAAGCAAUCGUUAAUGUAAAUAAUCAAGAUGACAAAUGUUUUAUGUGGGCUGUUUUAUCAGCGAUACAACCAGCUACUAAAAAUCCGGAUCGUUUGAGCAAUUAUAUUCAAUAUAGAAAUGAUCUCAUUUUCACAGGAAUCGAGUUCCCAAUGAAACUCUGCGACAUUUCAAAAUUCGAGCAACUUAACUCAUCAAUUUCAAUCAAUGUAUAUAUGGUUAACGACAAAGAUAAAAAAGUGGUGCCAGUGAGGAUAACUAAGGAAGUUAAAAAUAGCCACAUCCAUCUACUCAUACUCACCCAAAGAUCCGAGGAUGGCACAGACUCAAAAUCCCAUUAUUGCUGGAUAAAAAACUUGAGCCGACUAAUUUCAUCUCAAGUUUCAAAUCAUCAUGGACGACACUAUUUUUGCGAUAGAUGUUUAAAUUUUUUCCACUUAUUGACUAAAUUGGAAGAACAUCGCGUUAAUUGUGGGAAUCAAAAUGAGUGCGGAAUCGAAAUGCCGACACAUGGAAAAGAUUCUGUCAAGUUUAAGAAUGUGAAAAAUCAAGUGAAAACACCGUUCAUUAUAUACGCCGACGUUGAAGCGCUUUUGAAGAAACCUGAUGAACCUUUCUGUAAACCGAAUGGUAAAAAACCUGUAAAAACUGUAGCGUACCAACAGCAUGAAGUCUAUAGCAUUGGCUACUACCUUAAAUGUACAUUUGACGAUUCUCAAUCGUUUUAUAAAGCCAAACGAAGUGCUGAAUGUAUCGAUUGGUUUGUCAGUGAAUUACAUGAAGCAGCAUCAGUUUUUGCAAACAUAUUUGACAACAUUGUUCCAAUUGAAAUGACUUCAGAAGACGAGCAAUUAUUUGAGAAUGCUGAGUUUUGCCAUAUUUGCGAAGAAAAAUUUGUGAGAGGUGAAGAUGUUAUCGUGAAAGAUCAUUGCCAUUUUACUGGGAAAUAUAGAGGAGCCGCACAUCAGAACUGUAACUUAGAGUAUCAGGAGAGUCGCACGAUCCCCGUAGUCUUUCACAACUUAUCCAACUAUGAUUCACAUUUUCUAAUACGGAAGCUUGCAUCAGGAUUCCCUGGGGAGCUGAAAGUUAUCUCAAUUAACAAAGAAAAAUAUAUCUCAUUCAUAAAGACUGCUGCCGAUAGCGCUCGUAAUUUCAGAUCUAUGGUCAAAUUUAAAUUUAUCGACUCAUUCAGAUUUAUGGCGUCUUCGCUCGAUCGUUUAUCAUCUUUAAUACCAUCGAAUAAGAAAACACUACUUCGAAACGAGUUCAAAGAAAUCAGUGAUGACCAGAUAAGCCUCUUGGAACGAAAAGGGGUAUUCUGUUACGAUUAUGUUGACUCAUGGGGAAAACUUGAUGAGACUGAAUUGCCACCGAAAGAUGCAUUUGAUAGCAAAUUGACUGGUGCAAAAGCUACUGAUGAGGAUUAUGGUUUUGCUUCUGAAGUUUGGAAUAAAUUCAAUGUGAAAACUCUCGGUGAAUAUGCAGAUUUAUACCUAAAAGUCGAUGUUUGUCUGCUUGCGAUUGUGUUCGAGAAUUUUAGAGAGACAUGCCUUCAAAUUUAUAAACUAGACCCUGCGAACUAUUACACUGCACCAGGAUUAUCAUUCGACGCUAUGUUACGAUAUACAAAAGUAGAGAUAGAACUUUUAAAGGAUGUUGAUAUGCUCCUAUUUGUUGAAAGAGGAAUACGUGGAGGAGUUAGUCAAUGUAGUAAACGUUACGUUGAAGCGAACAAUAAAUACCUGAAUAAUACGUUCGAUAAAGGGAAAGAAUCUAGUUACAUCAUCUAUGUUGAUUGUAACAACCUAUAUGGAUACUCCAUGAUGCAACAUCUCCCGAUCCGAGGAUUUCAAUGGAAUGAGAAAGAAUUUAACGCUGAUGAAAUUUUAAAUAUUGCUGACGAUGCUAACAUCGGUUAUAUAUUCGAAGUGGACCUAGAUUAUCCGGAACACCUACACGACUUACACAAUGACUACCCGUUCUGCGCUGAAAAUAAGCUAGUUCCGAAUACUAACAGUAAGAAGCUGCUACUAACGUUAACCGAAAAAAGGAAUUAUAUAAUUCAUUAUAGAAUGUUAAAGUUAGCCUUGCAACACGGAUUAAUUUUAAGAAAAGUGCACAAGGUUCUCCAGUUUGAGCAGUCUGCAUGGUUGAAAUCAUACAUCGAACUUAAUUCAGGGUUACGUGCAAAAGCGACCAAUGAUUUCGAGAAAGAGCUAUACAAACUGCUGAAUAACGCGAUUUUCGGUAAAUCUAUGGAAAAUGUGAGAGCCCGUGUAGAUAUUCGCUUGAAAACAAAGUGGGAUGGACGCAGCGGCGCCCGUGAAUUAAUCUCUAGACCUAAUUUUAAGAGACACACUAUUUUCGAUGAAAAUUUAGUUGCAAUAGAAAUGUCGAAAACAAACAUUGUCAUGAAUAAACCAAUUUCGGUUGGAAUGGCCAUUUUAGACAUCUCGAAAGUAGUGAUGUAUGAUUAUUAUUACAACUUUUUAAAACCUAAAUAUGGAUCAAACAUUUCUUUGGCGUACACCGACACUGACAGUUUCGUCAUCCACGUAAAGACUGAUGAUUUCUAUGCUGAUAUGAAAGAAAAUUUGGAACGCUAUGAUACUAGCGAUUAUGCUGAAGAUAACAUAUUUCAAAUGCCUCGUGUAAACAAAAAGAUUCUAGGAUUAUUCAAGGAUGAACUUAAGGGAUUGGUUAUAAUCGCGUUUGUAGGACUGAGAAGUAAAAUGUAUUGCGUUAGGACAGAUAAUGUCAAAGUGGAUAAUAAAAUGAAGAAGGCUAAGGGUGUCAAAAAUUAUGUACUGCAACGUGAAAUAACAUUUAAAGAUUAUGUGGAAUGUCUCACAAAAAUGGAGAAUCUUGUCAAGAAUCAAAAUACAUUUAGAUCAAAAAUGCACAAUGUCUACACAAUCCAACAAAGUAAAAUUGCUUUAAGCGCUAACGAUGAUAAACGUCGCAUCCAACCAGGUAACAUUGAAACGUUAGCAUACGGUCAUUAUAGUCUCAAUCAAUAA